AAUGAACAACAACUUUUACUUUUUUCAUCCUUCUUUACAACUCCACUCUAUACAAACGAAAAUAAACAAAUUUUGCUUAAAAAAAUGGCGGAUGCUGCUGCUCGUUCGCUACAAUUCGAAUAUAAAGCUAAUUCUAAUUUAGUUUUACAAGCUGAUACUCGUCUAAUAGAAAGGAGGCCUAGAGAUGAGGCUACAGGGGAAGUUGUAUCUCUUGUUGGAAAAUUGGAAGGAUCCCGUAUGGGUGAUCGAUAUCAGCGUACUAAACCGGCUAAAGCUGAGGAGAAAAAAGCUAAACGCUUAAAAAAAGAUGAAUCAAAAUAUGACUUCUCUAAGCUUAAGGGACAAACAUUACUUUCUGAAGGUAUUGAAGAUAUGGUAGGUAUUUUAUACCGACCUAAAACUGCAGAAACAAAGCAAACUUAUGAAGUGUUACUUAGCUUUAUUCAAGAAGCUUUAGGUGAUCAACCUAGAGAUAUUUUGUGUGGAGCAGCUGAUGAAGUCCUUGCAGUCCUAAAAAAUGAACGAAUUCGAAAUGACCUAGAAAGGAGAAAAGAAACCGAAGGGCUACUUGGUAGUUUGGCCCAAGAACGAUAUGCAGUUUUAGUUAACUUGUGCAAGAAAAUUAAUGAUUAUGGAGUUGAUGACAAAGUUCAAACUACUGAAGAUAAUAUUGAUGAAACCUAUGGUGUGAAUGUGCAGUUUGAAGAAUCUGAUGACGAAGAAGAAGAUAUAUGUGGAGAAGUUAAAGAUGAUGACUCUAAUGAUGAAAAUGAAGGUGACGAAGCUGUUGUUGACAGUACUCUUCAUGCCACAAAUUUAGGUGCAAGCCAAGACACCCUUGGAAAGAGUGGUAAAGGAUUGCAUCCUCGAGAUAUUGAUGCAUAUUGGCUGCAGAGAAAGCUAAGUAAGUUUUAUGAUGAUCCUGUUAUUGCCCAAACCAGAGCUGGAGAAGUUUUGGAAAUCUUAAAAACGGCUGUUGAUGACCGAGAUGUUGAAAAUCAGUUGGUUUUACUUCUGGGUUACAACCAAUUUGAGUUCAUUAAAAUUUUGCGUCAGCGUAGGCAAAUGAUUUUAUACUGUACUCUUCUUGCUUCUUUGCAAAGUGGCGCAGAAAAAACCAAGUUAAAAGAAAAAAUGCAAAAUGAUCCAGAACUUGAAAAAAUACUACGUCAGUUGGAAAACACUGAAAAGGAAGAUAUUAUUCAAGAGGAGCGAGAAAGGCGUGCUCAAGUCCGCCAAGCUCGAGUGGAUGCUGACAUAGAAGCUAUGGACAUUGAUGGUGAAAGUGUUCCUCAAUUACAGCAGUGCCGUAUGCUAGAUUUGGAAGAUCUUACGUUUGCACAUGGUAGCCACUUUAUGGCCAAUAAACGUUGUCAAUUGCCUGAUGGAUCUUUUAGAAAACAAAGGCGUGGCUAUGAAGAAAUCCAUGUUCCAGCAUUGAAACCCAAACCUUUUGAUUCUAGUGAAUCUUUAAUGCCUAUUGAAAAACUACCCAAGUAUGUUCAGCAUGCAUUUGAAGGAUACAAAAGCCUAAAUCGAAUCCAAAGCCGUCUAUGCAAAGCUGCAUUAGAGACUGAUCAAAAUUUACUUUUAUGUGCUCCAACUGGUGCUGGUAAAACAAAUGUUGCAUUGUUGUGUAUGAUGCGAGAAAUAGGAAAACACAUUAAUGCAGACGGAACUAUUAAUGCUGAUGAGUUUAAAAUUAUAUAUGUUGCUCCCAUGCGAUCUUUGGUACAAGAAAUGGUUGGUAAUUUCAGUAAACGACUUAGUUCUUAUAACAUUCAAGUAUCUGAAUUGACUGGUGAUCAUCAGCUUACAAGAGAACAAAUUAAUGCUACUCAAGUUAUUGUGUGCACCCCUGAAAAGUGGGACAUUGUUACUAGAAAAGGUGGUGAACGUACCUAUACACAACUUGUUAGGUUGAUGAUUUUUGAUGAAAUUCAUCUCCUGCACGAUGAAAGAGGACCUGUUCUAGAAGCUUUGGUGGCAAGGACUAUCCGUAAUAUUGAAAUGACACAAGAGGAAGUGCGUCUUGUUGGUCUAAGUGCUACUUUGCCAAAUUAUGAAGAUGUAGCCAGUUUCCUGAGAGUAACUCCAUCCACUGGUCUAUUUUAUUUUGAUAACAGUUUCAGGCCUGUCCCUCUGGAGCAACAGUAUAUUGGUAUUACUGAAAAGAAGCCCAUUAAACGAUUUAUGCUGAUGAAAGAAAUUUUAUAUGAAAAAGUCAUGGAGCAUGCCGGUAAAAAUCAAGUUUUGAUUUUUGUUCAUUCGAGAAAAGAGACUGGAAAAACUGCUAGAGAAAUUAGAGAUAUGUGUUUAGAAAAAGAUACACUUGGGCAAUUUUUGCGUGGAGGCUCCGCAUCUACAGCUGUAUUAGAAACUGAAGCGAACCAAGUAAAAAAUUUGGAGUUGAAAGAUCUUUUGCCUUAUGGUUUUGCUAUCCAUCAUGCUGGUAUGAGCCGUGUAGACCGUACUUUAGUUGAAGAUCUGUUCGCUGAUCGUCACAUUCAAGUGCUUGUUUCAACUGCUACUUUAGCUUGGGGUGUCAAUCUUCCUGCUCACACUGUCAUCAUAAAAGGCACUCAAGUUUACAGUCCUGAAAAAGGGCGAUGGGUUGAGUUAGGAGCAUUGGAUGUCCUUCAAAUGUUGGGUAGAGCUGGUAGACCACAGUAUGAUACCAAAGGAGAAGGUAUUUUAAUAACUAACCAUAGUGAAUUGCAGUAUUAUUUAUCCUUGUUAAAUCAACAAUUACCUGUUGAAAGUCAAAUGAUUAGCAAACUUCCUGACAUGUUAAAUGCAGAAAUCGUCCUUGGUAAUAUUCAAAACAUGAAAGAAGCAGUUACUUGGCUAGGAUAUUCAUACUUAUAUAUACGUAUGCUCAGAAAUCCUUCUCUUUAUGGCAUUCUAGAUAGUUCGGAGGAUCAGUUACUAGAAAAGCAUAGAGCUGAUUUGAUUUUUACUGCUGCGAAUUUGUUAGAUAAGAGUAAUCUUCUGAAGUUUGAUAAAAAAGCUGGUGUAUUUCAAAUAACUGAAAUUGGAAGAAUUGCAAGUCAUUAUUAUUGCACUUUUGAGACAAUGACUACAUAUACACAGCUAUUGAAGCAAACAUUGAGUGAAAUUGAACUCUUCCGUGUGUUUUCAUUGUCUAGUGAAUUCAAAAACUUAAAUAUCCGAGAAGAAGAAAAGCUAGAAUUACAAAAACUUAUGGAACGAGUUCCUAUUCCAAUUAAGGAAAGCAUUGAAGAAUCAAGUGCUAAAGUGAAUGUAUUGCUUCAGGCUUAUAUUUCUCAGCUGAAACUUGAAGGCUUGGCAUUAAUGGCUGAUAUGGUUUACAUAACUCAAAGUGCAGAUAGAUUGAUGCGAGCCAUUUUUGAAAUCGUGCUUCAUAGAGGUUGGGCACAAUUGACAGAUAAGGCUCUGAGUUUGUGUAAAAUGAUAAAACGUCGAAUGUGGCAAUCAAUGUCACCUCUUCGUCAAUUUAAAAAGAUACCAGAAGAAGUUGUAAAGAAAAUAGAAAAGAAAAAUUUCCCUUGGGAGAGACUAUAUGAUUUGGGACCCAAUGAAAUUGGUGAGCUUUUAAGAAUGCCUAAAUUAGGUAAAACUGUUCAUAAAUAUGUACAUCAGUUCCCAAAACUGGAGCUAUCUGCUCACAUUCAGCCUGUAACUCGAGCUACAUUGCGAGUAGAGUUGACUAUUACACCUGAUUUCCAGUGGGAUGAAAAAGUUCAUGGUAGCUCUGAAGCUUUCUGGAUUCUGGUUGAAGAUGUAGAUAGUGAAGUUAUUCUUCAUCAUGAGUAUUUCUUACUCAAAAGCAAGUUCUGUCAGGAUGAACAUAUAGUGAAAUUUUUUGUUCCUGUGUUUGAGCCUCUUCCGCCUCAAUAUUUUAUUAGAAUCGUGUCUGACCAGUGGAUAGGAUCAGAAACCCAAUUGCCUGUAUCAUUUCGUCAUCUGAUACUUCCUGAAAAGUAUCCUCCUCCAACCGAGCUUUUGGACUUGCAACCUUUACCUGUGUCUGCUUUGCAAAAUCCUUUCUUUGAAUCUUUAUACAAAGACAAGUUUCCCUAUUUCAAUCCUAUUCAAACACAGGUAUUUAACUCUGUAUAUAACAGUGAUGACAAUGUAUUUAUCGGAGCUCCCACUGGAAGUGGAAAGACCAUCUGUGCUGAAUUUGCAGUAUUACGCCUGCUCUCUCAAAAUGCUGAUGCUCGUUGUGUUUAUGUCACUCCUAAAGAACCGCUUGCUGAAAUAAUUUAUGCUGAUUGGACUGUUAAAUUUUCUUCCCAACCCAUGAAUAAAAAAGUUGUUUUAUUAACUGGUGAAACUGGUACAGAUUUGAAGCUUUUGGCUAAAGGCAACAUUAUUAUAAGUACUCCUGAGAAGUGGGACGUAUUAUCACGAAGGUGGAAGCAACGUAAAAAUGUCCAGAACAUAAAUUUGUUUAUUGUUGAUGAAUUGCAACUGAUUGGUGGAGAAGAUGGCCCUAUUUUAGAAGUUAUUUGCUCACGUAUGAGAUAUAUCUCAUCACAGAUUGAAAAGCCUAUUCGUAUUGUUGCUUUGAGCUCAUCUCUAGCCAAUGCCAAAGAUGUUGCUCAAUGGUUAGGAGCAAGUCCUAACUCUACAUUCAACUUUCCACCAAAUGUAAGGCCUGUACAACUUGAGCUCCAUAUCCAAGGAUUUAACAUCACACAUAAUGCUUCUCGUCUUCUUGCUAUGAGUAAGCCUGUGUACCAAGCAAUUACAAGACUUUCACCAAGAAAACCCGUUAUCGUUUUUGUUCCUUCUCGAAAACAAUCUCGAUUAACUGCAAUUGAUAUCUUGACUUACUGUGCGUCAGAAGCACAGCCUACUCGUUUCCUCCAUUGUACUGAUGACGAUAUCCAACCGUUUGUUGAUAAAAUUCAGGAUAAGACUUUAAAAGAAACUAUUGGCAAUGGUGUUGCCUACUUGCAUGAAGGUUUGAGUACAAAUGAUACUAAAACUAUUGGGCAACUUUUUGAUAGUGGUGCUAUCCAAGUUGUUGUAGUAUCAAGAAAUCUUUGCUGGGGUUUAUCACUAUCAGCUUAUUUAGUGGUCAUAAUGGAUACUCAGUUUUAUAAUGGAAAGAUUCAUACCUAUGAAGAUUAUUCCAUAACUGAUGUUCUUCAGAUGGUUGGGCGUGCAAAUCGUCCAACUAUUGAUGAUGAUGGAAAGUGUGUUCUUUUAUGUCAGAGCUCUAAGAAGGAUUUUUUCACAAAAUUUUUAUAUGAACCUUUGCCGGUUGAAAGCCAUUUAGAUCAUUGUCUUCAUGAUCACUUUAAUGCUGAAAUUGUGACCAAAACCAUCGAUAACAAGCAAGAUGCUGUUGAUUAUUUAACUUGGACUUUCCUGUACAGAAGAAUGACGCAGAAUCCAAACUAUUAUAAUCUGCAAGGUGUAACCCAUAGGCAUUUAUCUGACCACUUAUCGGAGCUUGUUGAAAAUACUUUGAAUGAUCUUGAGCAAUCUCGAUGCAUUAACAUUGAAGAUGAAAUGGAUGUAUCGCCUUUGAACUUGGGAAUGAUUGCUGCCUAUUAUUAUAUAAAUUACACCACAAUUGAGUUAUUCAGUGUUUCUCUCAAUAGCAAAACUAAAAUUAGGGGUCUGUUAGAAAUAAUAAGUUCUGCCGCUGAAUAUGAAAGUGUACCAAUUCGACAUCGUGAGGAUAAUUUACUGAAGCAACUUGCCAACAGAUUACCUAAUAAGUUGACUAACCCUAAAUUUAGUGAUCCUCAUGUGAAGACCAAUUUACUCUUACAGGCUCAUUUAUCGCGCAUGCAGUUAUCAGCUGAACUUCAGUCUGAUACUGAAGAGAUCCUGAGCAAAGCUAUCCGUUUAAUUCAAGCCUGUGUUGAUGUGUUGAGCUCCAAUGGUUGGUUGUCACCUGCUAUUGCUUCUAUGGAACUUGCUCAAAUGGUAACACAAGCUAUGUGGAGUAAAGACUCCUAUUUGAAACAGCUUCCCCAUUUUACCACUGAGAUAAUCAAGCGUUGUACCGAUUCAGAAAUCAACACUGUAUUUGAUGUCAUGGAACUCGAAGACGAAGACAGAAACCGACUUUUACAGCUGAAUGACGCUCAAAUGGCUGAUGUUGCUAGAUUCUGCAACAGAUAUCCAAACAUUGAGCUGACAUACGACGUUCAGAACAGAGAAAACAUUGUGAGUGGAGAGACAGUUAUAGUGAAUGUGCAACUCGAGAGAGAAGACGAAGUGACUGGUCCUGUUAUUGCUCCUUUGUUUCCGCAAAGACGUGAGGAAGGUUGGUGGGUAGUUAUUGGAGAUCCUAAAACAAACUCUCUCAUUUCCAUAAAGAGACUUACAUUACAGCAAAAGGCUAAGAUCAAACUUGACUUUGUAGCUCCUAGUCCUGGGGAUCAUACUUAUACAUUGUAUUACAUGAGUGAUUCCUACAUGGGCUGUGAUCAAGAAUAUAGGUUCAAUAUCAGAAUAAAUGAACCUGGCAGAAGAGGAUCAGAUAGUGACAGUGAUUAAGUUUAUUCUCAUUCUCGUUUUUAAUGGUGUAAAGCUUUGAAUAAAAUGAUUGAUGGACUAA